AGUUAUUGGUAUCAUCAUUAAAAUAUGGCCACAUUAUCUCUGCUCGUGUUUGAAGACGUAAACAUCGGAGUGCCCUGGGGUCACAUUUGCGGCAGAUGGUAUGGCAACCGAGUGGAACGACCGAUCCUGGCGAUCCAUGGUUGGAUGGACAACUUGGGUGCAUUCGAACAGCUGAUUCCGCUGCUCCCCGAUUAUUUGGGAGUCCUCUGCAUCGAUUUGCCGGGCCAUGGCAGAUCCUCUCGACUACCAGCGGGAAUGCACUACAGUGUCUACGACUACGUCUUCAUUAUACCAAGAGUGAUGCGGGAGUUCGGCUGGCCGAAGGUCUCCCUGAUGGGUCACUCCUUGGGUGGCGUUAUGAGCUUCAUGUACGCCGCUAUGGCCCCUAAAUCGGUGGACAUGAUCAUAUCCCUCGAUGUACUGCUGCCCAGAAAAAUUGGGGAUCCCGGCAAGCUGGGCCAGGACAUAGAGAAGUGUCUGGAGGAGGAGCAGAGGCAGGCCGAUGGAAACCAGCACGAACCGCACGCCUACACCCUCAACCACCUGCGGCAAGUGCUCGCCAGGAGCAGCAACAACUCGAUUCCCCAGGACAUGGCUCAUCACAUGCUCCGCCGCCAGGUGACCAAAUCGCAGAUGUACCCCGAGAAACUGUUUUUCUCAAGAGACGGACGGGUGAAGUUCUACCAACUAUUCGACAUCGAAGAGGGUCUCGCAGCUGAGAUGGCGAGGCGCAUUCAAAAGAAGCCCUAUCUCAUUAUUAAGGGAGCCCUAUCUCCGUUCGUGGGACCGCGAUGCCAAGAAACGAUAUCUAUUCUAUCAAAAGAUAACCCCAACUUCGAGUUCUAUGACAUCCAGGGCGCGGGCCACCACGUCCACCUCCACGCAGCCAAAGAAUGUGCUCGCUAUAUCGUGCCGUUCAUAAGAGCUCAUAGACCUCCAUCGGCUUGGAAUUAUUGCAGCAAGCUUUAAAACGGAUACUAUUUUAAUUCUAUUAUAUGUUUCUAUUUGUUCAAUUUUUAAAUGUCUGCUGGUCAAAUCGCUUCAUAAAUGUCUUGUUUUAAAAUGUUAAUUACUUUAAGCACAAUAUUGUUUUGUCAAUCACUUGUGUAUUUAAUAAAAUGUAAGAUUUUAAAUCA